AUGACGGCUUCUACUGGGCAGGAGAAUGGCCUUCCCGAACCGGAAGUCAUCGAGGCCCCUCUGACUGAGCACGACCUUCGUCAAACAACGCGAUCGACAGGCCCAAUGACGGACCUCAAGCACAAUCAUGACUCGCUAUCCCAGGACUCGGAUGACCCUCCGGUCAUGGAAGGGAAGGAUGAGGAGGCCCAAGUUUCAUCGUCCAUCUACUCGCGCGAGGAGCAACAACUACCGGUCGUGGUGCCGCGACUGAAACGGAGGGGGCUGUUCGGUCAGCUCACGCUGCUAGAAGAGGUCGAAAACCCCAAGGUCUAUCCUCGCAAAACGAAGUGGUUCAUCACAUUUGUCGUCGCCGUGGCAGGCGCGGCCGCUCCGAUGGGCAGCUCAAUCUUCUUCCCCUCGCUCUCUCAGGUAACAAAGGAUCUGGGCACGUCAACAACCAUCACGAACUUAACGAUAUCACUGUACAUGCUUAGUAUGUCCAUAUUCCCACUGUGGUGGUCAUCGUUCAGUGAACGACUCGGGCGACGGACGAUCUACCUCGUUUCUUUUAGUCUCUUCGUUCUCUUUAACUCCCUCUGUGCGAUAUCCAGCUCCAUAGCUAUGCUGAUUGUGCUCCGGAUGUUGAGCGGGGGCGCGUCUGCAUCAGUCCAGGCCGUGGGCGCCGGAACCAUCGCGGAUCUCUGGGACCCGCACGAAAGAGGACGGGCCAUGAACAUCUUCUACCUAGGCCCGCUAUGUGGACCCCUGAUAGCGCCGAUUGUGGGUGGCGCGUUGGCCGAACGAUGGAAGUGGCGAAGCACCCUGUGGUUUUUGGCGGCGUAUGGAGGCCUCACUGUUGUGUUUAUCCUUUUCGCGCUUCCGGAGACCCUCGCAGCUCCAAAGUUCCAGACCCGAGAGAAGGAUGAGCAUCAGGAACCACUUCAGCGUCAGCAGAGUCGUGUUUCCUCUCGGCAGGUUGUCCAGUUCACCACCAGAUGGCUCAAGGUGCUCAAAAUGGUUCUUAUCGAUCCUUUGAAAAUCAUUCUUUACCUGCGCUAUCCUCCGGUCCUGUUGACGGUGUACUACGCCAGCAUCACGUUCGGGUCUCUGUAUGUGCUAAAUGUCAGUGUCGAGCGUACGUUCGGGAGUAGCCCGUAUAACUUCAGCACGAUCAUUGUCGGCCUCAUGUAUAUACCAAACUCCUUGGGCUAUGUGGUUGCGAGCAGCUUUGGAGGCCGCUGGAUGGACAAGAUCAUGCAACGGGAGGCCAAAAAGGCCAACCGAUAUGACGAACACGGCAGACUCAUCUACCGCCCGGAAGACCGGAUGCGUGAGAAUGCCUGGCUGGGAGCCGUUCUCUACCCUGCUGGGCUGAUUUGGUAUGGCUGGUGCGCGGAUCGGGGUGUAUUUUGGCUUGCCCCGAUGAUCGCAAACUUCUUCUUUGGCGUCGGAUCCAUGCUCAUUUUCGGCAUGGCGACGACGAUGCUGACCGAGUUCAUGCCCAAGAGGUCCUCCGCCGGUGUUGCGUUGAACAACUUCAUGCGAAACAUCUUCUCGUGUGUGGGAUCUGUGGUCACGGCCCCAAUCAUCGACGCGAUUGGCAACGGCUGGCUUUUCACCAUCCUCGGACUGGUUGCUUUUGCAAGCAGCUCCGUUCUCUUCGUGAUGAAAGUGUACGGCCCCCGAUGGCGAAAGUCCAUGGACGCCCUGAGGGAGUGACCUUUCCUGUCGACCCUGUCAUGUGUCAUCUGCGAGACGCCCGUAGCGCCGUAUUGGGUACCCAAAGCUGGUUUUGGGGCUUGGUUCUGUUGGUGAUGGUUACGCAUGGUCAAGAUCAUAGUAGACGCUUGCAUAUACCCUUUUUUCUUGUCCUGCUCUGUUUGGUGCGAUUUUCCUUCGCGGGGGUGCCGGUGUCUUUCAUGUUCUCGAACAGCUGAGUGGCAAGUCUGGACGAUUCGACGUCUUCAAAAGCAUUACGACUCGGGAAUACCCAAAAGAUGAUUACGAUUAGUGGUAUUUUUAGGAUAAAUGAGAGCCUAAGAAAUGCCAGGUGCUCUGCUG